AUGGUGCCCCAUUCUGGAAGCCAAGAACAAUGCGGUUCUGCCGAGACGAUCCGUCCUCGUGGGUUGGACACCAGCGUUUCCCAGGAGCAUCUUGACCACGACCUCGUGUCCACCAUUACCGUCGCGCCUACAAUCCCCAGCGAAGCGCCGCAAUUCGUGUCACGGGAUCUCUUCACAUCAGCCAUCCUCAACAGCACCAACUUCUUCCGCAAAGAGCACAGCGCCCCGCCCACAUACGCGGAGACAUGGCUCAAGGGCAACACGGCCUGCGAGUUUGAACACUCGGGCGGCCCGUACGGCGAGAACCUGGCGUUGGGAUGCUCAGACGCUCAAUCCUGCGUCGACGCAUGGGGCAAUGAGCGAUCGAUGUACCCGUUCGACAAGCCGGGCUUCUACAUGGACACGGGUGACUUCACGCAGCUGGUGUGGAAGAACACUACGACGGUGGGGUGCGGGAAGAAACUGUGUGAGCAGGGCUGGUUCCUCGCUUGCGAGUACUGGCCUCGAGGCAACUUUGCGGGAGCAUAUGCCGACCAGGUGGCCAGGCAGCCAGGUGCGGCUUCAGGUCUGCGGCCGUCUGUAGUCGCAGUGCUAUCAGGAGUGGUAGUUUUGGGGCUCUGGUUGUCAUGA